AUGUCAAAACCCAAUGAGCUUCACGAAGACACAGUUUUCCAAGCAGAUUCGGACAUCCAACGUAUCGUAUCCGAACUACCACCGAUUCUGAAAGAGAUUCCAGAUAACAUUUCACCCGAAGAAAAAGCUAAACUUCCGCCUUAUGUGAAUCGUCUUCGACACUUUUUGAAAAUAUCAUGUGCUCAUAAGCGAUUAGUUAUUCACCGAGCCUUUUUAAAUCAUAUCACCUCCCUCACCAUCUGCAAGUCAAAAUCUGGUCAGGUAACAUUAGGCAAGAUCUCUAAGGGUAAUGCUUCUUUAUCCUCAGAUCCCCAAAAUCGACCUACCGAUCCAAAACUCUCGUUUGGAAGAUUUCCGGGACCUGCGUCGAAUUUAAACCGAAAGAGCGCAAUUGAAUCUAAAGCGAUAUGUAUAAAACUUUCUCGUGAAAUCACACGAGAGAUAGUUGAAUGUACAUCGCAGUUCGAAGAAAGGCCAACUUGGAACACACCUUAUAUCGCCGUUGGAGCCAUGACUCUAUUAUCUCUGGAUCUAUUGGAAUUAUCAAUGCAUUCCAGCUCUUCAAAAUUGAGAAACAAAAGAACCGCCGAGUAUGAAAUCGAUGUUUCUACGACCAAGACGAUCAAUAGAGCUAAGAAACACUUGAAGAGAUGCCCUAAUCAAAGUGGCAUGCGUGGUUUCGAGGGAAGUAGUGAAGUUAAUCCAGCGGUGACCGAUCAAGAAGAUAAUGGUACUUGGACAGAGAUGUCUACCACACUAGAAACACUGACGGAUGAAGAGAUUCAAUCAAUGAAAGAAGUCAGAAGAAGAGAGUUGGAACAAGGAUUAGAGGUUUUGGAAAGAUUGUCCCGAUGGAGUCCCAUUGCUGAAAGAGGUGUAAUUCUAGUUCGAAACUUACUUGGUCAAAAAGAUCCACUAAACACUGUAAUAGAUCCUGACAAAACUCCCAGUCAUCAACGCACUUGCUAUCGACCAGGUAUCUUUGCCACAACAGCAAAAUCCUUGACCGCUCCUAUAACCAAAAUAGUGGCGAGGCAAGACUUGAAGAUUCCUGGGCAAAUCGAUCUAUUCCCACCACAAGCCAAGCAAUGUAUUGAUUCGAGAUUGGUAGACACAAAUGAAGGGAAUAGAAGGGUUUCUCCUAAUACCUUAUCGCCAUUAGCUCACGUUCCUCCAAUCUUGCCUCCAAACGUCAAUUCUGGAGAAUCAUACCAUUUUAAUCAAGUCCAACCAUCGGAGGUAUUUCAAUCAACAAACGCCCAACAAUAUCAUCUAGGGACAUCAUAUCCACAAGUCCCUACUCAAGAUCUCAGAGCAAUCACUCACUCACAUGCUUCUAACGCGACCUUUCAUAUAUCAACAAAUGAUGAACAAAGCAGAUCAAAUGUUCAUUCAAACUUUACUAGUCCCCAACCGUUACCGCAAUCCUUCAAAUUUACUCAUCAAAAUCCACAUAUACCGGAAUCUGAUUUCGUACAAACUUCAACAUCCAAUUUAAAACCAGAUUAUAUUUCACCAAUUCCUACUAAUUCUACCAAUUUAAAUCAAAUCAGGAAUCAAUCUCCAUUACAAUUCAUAAAUAAAACCACAACUGAUCAAAGAAAUCAUCAUCAACAGCAACAUCCAAUUGAUUUAUCAAAUCAUCAAGCUUCAUACCUAACUUCGACAACUGAUUCCAAUACAAAUUCCUCAUCGACUAAUCUUUUACAAACAUGUUCGAUUUCAAGAUCAGAUGAAAGUCAUCCAGGACCAAAUGAAAAUGGAUUUCAAACUUUACAUCAAGAUCAAACUAGAAGGGUUUGGCAAAAUAAUGAUGAGAUUGGAGUUCCUUAUGAUUAUAUUGAAUCACUUUUGAAUUCAUCUUUUGGACAUUAUGCUGCUCCUAUUGAUUUUGAUGGGAUCUUUUUUCCUAGUUGA